AGUUGCCAAUUAAGGGCCUUUUAGAGCAAGUCCUGAUCUGGCAAAGGCCUUUAAUAGAGGCCCGAUUCUUUGCUCGUGCUUGUUCCGUGCCUGGCUAAUGCAGUCCAGACCUGUAUUUUUACCUCCACCAAAUCCAAAAAUAUUUCGACGGCCGCAUGGUUUCGUCUCGGUUUUGACCAAACAGCGUCGGCACGAGCAUCGCGACGUCGGUUGGCUGUGGCCAAUUAGUUGGAUUUUCGACGGGGUGCAAUUGCACGUGGAUGCGAUCACGUUACCAGCUGUGACCAGUGGUGGCGCGAUUAGUUUGGCCAGAUGCGUGCGGAAUGUGGACCAGCAAGCUCUCACUGUUUCUGUGAUUUUCAGUGCUUCCGCUUCUUCGUUUGGGCCGCUGGGCAUCCAGAAGUUGAAACUUGGCGGAAUCUGGGACAGCAACAAGCAACUUUGUCUAAUUUUAGAUUCUGCUAGACAAAUACUGAUUUGAGAUGAGUGACUGGAUUAUUGUUUAGUAGCCACUCUUCAUCCGUCCAUUCAGUGCCUUAACUGAUUAGCAUGUUAAUUCGUCGAGCCAUUGAGCAUUAUGAGCAAACAAUCGAACAAACAGACUCAAUCCUCAGCACGGAGCUCUAGACCAAAAUGUUGGAUAUCUUUAGAGGCCUGAAGUCGCUUUUGAAAGUCAGCAGCAUCCACAUUGAUUCGCCAGUGUUUCGACUGCACUAUUCCAUAACAGUGUCCAUUCUAAUCGCGUUUUCCCUGAUCGUAACCACGCGCCAGUAUGUUGGAAAUCCCAUCGAUUGCAUCCACACAAAAGAGAUUCCCGAGGAUGUUUUCAACACUUUCUGCUGGAUUCAUUCCACAUUUACCGUCUCCACCAACAAACAGGAACCGUAUGCCCGUAUGUACCUACCGGGCAGUCCUGGUAUAAGAACAAUGCACGAUGAGAAGGAUAAGAAAGUCUACAAGUACUACCAGUGGGUCAGCUUUUGUCUGUUUUUUCAAGCGAUUUUGUUCUACACACCGAGGUGGCUGUGGAAGUCGUGGGAGGGUGGCAAAAUUUCCGCCCUGAUGAUGGACUUGGACGUGGCUGUUUGUUCCGAGAUCGAGAAGAAACAGAAGAAGAAACUGAUGAUCGACUAUUUGUGGGAGAAUUUGCGCUUCCACAAUUGGUGGGCGUAUCGAUAUUAUUUCUGCGAAGUGCUGGCCCUGGUAAACGUAAUCGGGCAAAUGUUCCUAAUGAACAGAUUCUUCGAUGGCGCCUUCCUGAUGUUCGGCCUCGAUGUGAUCGCCUUCAUCAACACAGAUCAAGAGGACCGAAUCGACCCGAUGAUCCAGAUCUUCCCCCGCAUGACCAAAUGCACGUUUCGCAAAUAUGGAGUGUCUGGAGAUGAAGAAAAGCACGACGCUCUCUGCAUUCUACCGCUGAACGUUGUCAACGAAAAAAUCUACGUCUUCCUCUGGUUCUGGUUCAUCAUUCUAUCGAUACUGACGCUGCUCACGGUGAUUUACCGCAUAAUCAUAAUUUUUUCGCCGCGGAUGCGCGUCUAUUUGCUCAGGAUGCGGUACCGAUUGGUGCGGAAGGAAGUGAUUGACACAAUAGUGCGUAGAAGUAAAAUGGGCGAUUGGUUCCUCUUCUAUAUGCUGGGGGAGAAUGUGGACUCGUUGAUAUUUCGGGACGUUUUGCAGGAUUUGGCCCACAAGUUGAACCGGCACGAUUUCCAUCACACGCCCGGUUUCAAGGGCGAAAUCCAGGAAGCCUGAACUGUUAGGGUUCCGUUUCUUCAGUUCCAAACCAUUCAGGAUCUCAAUCUAUGUUUAAUGCUGCCAAAACCACAAUCAUUUCAAUUCAAUUUCAAUUCGAGUUGCUGCUGCACGUAAGCGUGCAUAUUUUCGCAUAGAUCAAACCAACAUUCCCACUGAAAGAAAGGCUUCAUGUUCGUUUGUUGAUGUCGCGUUUGGGUUGCGGCCUUAGUCGAAAUAUAGUCGUUAGUCGGUGUGUUUGACGAAAUAUGUUUUUAUUAUAUAAGGACGUAGAAGAGCAGUAAGAAACGACAAUAAAAUUUUACAGUGUUCAGUA